AUAAAGCACAGCCCACAAACAUGGCUAAACCCCCCCCAGAGACACAGUAACUCAGUCGGAGCAGAAAGAACGCAAAGGGUUAAGGUCUGCUCUAUAAACUCUUGCUUAAGAAUCCCUUGGCAGCUCCACAUGUAGCUUUAAAUACUGAUUUGACAGAUCACGUUUUACUCUCAGGCACUGAGAAAACAGCCAACCGCCGCCUGCGCUGCUGUCUAACGCCUGCAUCAGAGCAACAAGUACAUCCAGGAGCCUGCACGCACACACCAUGGAGACCAGACCGGGAACAUUUAUUUCUACCUUUAUAUUGGCGUCAUGGGUGAUCUUAAUCUCAGGGACAGAGCAACACCUAAACUCAAUGGAGCUUCCACGCAAUUUUGAUGAAGCUGAUUUGGACACAUGGAUUGAAAAGAGAGAUGCCUUCCUGCCUGCGGACUCUCCGGAUGACUCUGGAAACAUCAAACCUGAAGCGGACGCUUCUGACCUUCCAACAUGUCUGCUGUGUGUGUGUCUGACGGGAUCGGUGUACUGUGAGGAAGUCGACCCCGACAUGACAUCAGUGCCGGCUCUUCCUAAAGAGACAGCCUAUCUGUAUGCUCGUUACAACAAGAUAAAAAAGAUUACUGCAAAAGACUUUGGGGAUAUUGUGACAUUGAAAAGAAUAGAUCUGACUGGAAACCUAAUUUCGGAGAUUGAGGACGGGGCCUUCAUGAAGCUGCCGUUGCUAGAGGAGCUCUCCCUCGCGGAGAACCGGCUUGUGAAGCUGCCAAUGUUACCACCCAAGCUCACGUCCUUUAACGCCAAUCACAACCGCCUCAAGACCAAAGGAGUUAAAGCCAACGCUUUCAAGAAAUUGACCAAACUCAGAAAUUUAUAUCUUGCUCACAAUGAGUUGGAGGCAGUUCCAAUAAUUCCAGAGAGCGUGCGCACGUUUCAUAUUCAGAACAACAACAUUACAACUGUUACUACUGACACCUUUUGCAAAAGCAAUGACACCUACUACAUCCGGCCCAACAUUAAUGAGAUCAGGAUGGAUGGAAACCCGGUGAUCCUUGCAAAGGACCCCAACGUGUUCAUCUGUCUGCAGUCUUUGCCAGUUGGACGGUACCAGUGAAAACCCCUUAAAACAACACCACCACCACCACCAAACAAAAUCUCUGAAAGUGCCUCAAAUGAAAACAACUAUGGACUGAAAGGUGUUUCAUGUCCAGUUGCCACCUUGCAAAAGCAGGGUAUGUGAAUUGUUGAUUACUAUGUUACGUAAGUACUGAAAUUCCCUCUUGAACUCUGUGGCUUAAAUGUAAUUGUUAAAUGUUUUGUGUGUAUAUAUAUAUAUAUAUAUAUAUAUAUAUAUAUAUAUAUAUAUAUAUAUAUAUAUAUAUAUAUAAACACUUCUGUUGAAAGCUGCAUAGUAAUUUAUGGUUUCCAUAAAAACGGACACUUGCAGCAUUUCAAAAUUAUGUGAAUUGCUUUCAGUUCUACUGUUUAAGAAGUCUGCCAAGUUACUUAGGUUAAGCAUUCAUUCCAUACGUACAUGCGUCUACAAGGAUGUAGUCACUCUAUCUUGAUAGAACUGAACUAUUUAUGUGAGAAUCAUCAAGUAGGCUGUACAGUUAAACAUGAUAUUAAAAUAUUAUGCUAUAUGUUUUCCCUUUUUUUUUUUUAAAUAAAUCUCCCCCUUUUUA